GCACUCGUCAUAGUUUAUAUUGAAAAUGUUUGCUGCUCAAAACAGAAGAUAGUUGCUUGAUAAUAAUUCGCAAUUCCACGAUGCAUGGAGAUUGAGGAGUACAUGGAGAAUUGAGAUUUAUAUUUCUCUGGAGGUGGACACCAUGCACUUACUCAGAAAAUCUACAGGUAGGGCAUCGGUCGUUUCCUCUCCUGAUCUGCCCGCUCUCCACGAACGCUUCAGGAUGCUGGUGAUUCUGGUGCUAUGUUGCCUCCAGCUCGGUGCUUGCGCCGCCGGUCAGGAGGAUACCACCUUCGGAGAAAUAAGCAGAAUCGAGACUCUUGAUGAGACUCUCCAGGAUCCAGAUUUCGAUGCACGCGCAGAAUCGGCCGGGAAACAGAAUGGCAGCAUCAACAGCGAGAUUGGACUUCCUCCGGCUUCUUCCGUCGAAGCGCAUAUGGGCCAGCAACAAGCACACGGCGGUCAAAGGAGCCAGCGAGAGCUGCAGCGGUUAAGACUUCAGGACCAAGCCGUCGACACUUCGUUCACGAAUCGUCAUGAGCCUCUCCAUCGUUUUCAGGAGGAAUCUGCACACUCCCGAGGAAUAUCUCGCACUUUGCUCCAAGACAGCUUCGGGGAGGCCGAUGCACUCCUGCAAUUCAAGGCCAAAAUCGAAAACUACACGGACAACGCUUUGGAUGGAUGGACAACGGGGAAUCGCUCCACCUACUGCUCGUGGACAAGGGUCAUCUACGACGAUGAGCUGCACGUGAUUUCACUCAACUUCUCCGGGUUGAAGAUGAACGGCACUUUGAGUCCUUCGUUGAGCAAGCUCGAAUACCUCGUGGAUCUCGAUUUGAGCCACAAUUUCCUGUUGAGCGAGCUUCCCGUGGAAUGGAGCCGGCUGCAGAGGCUGCAGACCUUGAAUGUCCAUGAUAAUUUUCUCUUCGGUGGAGUUCCUGCAGGGUACGGCAACAUGUCCAGUUUAAGGGUCCUCUACAUCGGACUGCAGAGCUGGUUCUUCAAUGGGUCCAUUCCGGAGGAGUUGGGUUUGCUCUCUGAGCUCGAGGUUUUGGCCCUGGGCACGCUCUUAAAUUUCGACACCAAGCAGGAGGUGCACCCUGACCGGUGGAACAAGAUGAGUGGCCCCAUUCCCAAGUCCAUCGCCAAUUGCACGAAGCUGUGGUACUUGGAUUUCUCCGGCAACAGCUUACUGACGGGUCCCAUUCCGAGAGAGUACGGCCAGCUCGUCAAUCUGGAGUAUCUGAGCUUCGAGCAGAACAAUUUCGCAGGCUCCAUCCCAUCCGAGCUUGGCAACCUGACAAAAAUCAAGUUCCUGAGCUUGGGACACAAUGCCCUGGAGCGAGAGUUUCCCGUGGAGCUGACGUCGCUGUCGAAGCUCGAGUGUCUGGACGUGGAGUACAACUACCUGACGGGAAGUUUUCUGACAGUGGAGUCCACUUCGUGGAGUCGGCUCGAAAAGCUCUUCAUCGAUGGGAACAAUUUUCGUGGUGGAUUUCCCAGAGCUGUGACGGCCAUGACGGCGUUGACGAUCUUCUACAUGUUCGACAACGAGUUCACCGGCGGCCUCCCCAAGAACCUGGGGCAGCUGGCCAACCUCCAAGUGUUCGAUUUCCACAGCAACCAGCUGGAUGGGAAAUUGCCUGACAGCCUCAACAACUGCACGCAGCUCCAAACGUUGGACGCAACGAGAAACAACCUCACGGGCACGCUGGACCCGCUGAGAAACCUCUCGCUGCUCGAAAUCCUGUCUGUAAGGGACAACAAUUUCACGGGCACGCUGGACCCGCUGAGAAAUCUUUCGCAACUCGUUUACCUGGAUGCAGAGUACAAUAGUCUCACGGGCACGCUGGAGCCGUUGAGAAAACUCUCGUUGCUCGAUUCCCUGGACGCAAGGAGCAACAUGCUCACAGGCACGCUGGAGCCGCUGAGAAACCUCUCGCUGCUCGAAUCCCUGUACGCAAGGAACAACAGGUUCACGGGCACGCUGGAGCCGCUGAGAAACCUGUUGCAGCUCGUUUACCUGGACGCACGGAACAACAGGCUCACGGGCACGCUGGAACCGCUUAAAAACCUCUCGCUGCUCGAUUCCUUGGACGCAUCGAAGAACAUGCUUACGGGCACGCUGGACCCUCUGAGAAACCUCUCGCUGCUCACUUACUUGUACGCAGCGAACAACAAUCUCACGGGCACGCUGGAGCCUCUGAGAAACCUCUCGUUGCUCGAUUACUUGAACGCAGCGAACAACAGGCUCACGGGCACGCUGGAGCAGCUGAGAAACCUAUCGGUGCUCAAUUCCCUGUUCGCAGCGAGCAACAGGCUCACGGGCACGCUUGACCCGCUGAGAAACCUCUCGCUGCUCGUAUUCCUGUCCGUAGGGUACAACAAUCUCACAGGCACGCUGGAUCCGCUGAGAAACCUCUCGCUGCUCGCUUACUUGGACGCAGCGAAGAACAAUCUCACGGGCACGUUGGACCCGUUGAGAAACCUCUCGCAGCUCGUUUUGCUGGGCGUAGAGAACAACAGGCUCACGGGCACGCUUGAGCCGCUGAGAAACCUCUCGAUGCUCUCGGACGGCAUCCAGUACUUGCUCCUGAACGACAACAACUUCCGAGGCCACAUUCCCGCCGAGCUCGGCAAGCUGUCGAGAUUGAAGCUCCUCUUCCUGCACAAUAACGGGCUGUCGGGGCCCAUACCCACGAGCUUAGCCGACCUAGAGAGCAUCAACGAGAUCAAUCUGGGCUACAAUUUUCUUACGGGUGGAAUCCCUCCAAAGUUGGGGCAACUGCAGUACAUGGAGUACCUCAUCCUCCACAGCAACAACCUCACAGGAAGCAUUCCCGCGUCUCUGGCGAACUGCAGCUCGCUGAGAAACAUCAGGCUGAGCAGAAACAAGCUCACGGGCACAGUGACUCAGAUUGACUUCUUGCAGCUGCGAUCCCUCGAGAGCUUCUCUGUCAACGAGAACCAGCUCGGCGGAGAGUUUCCCGUGAGCGUGUACAACUGCACGCAUCUGAAGCUCCUGGACCUGAGCAGCAAUGAAUUCUCAGAGGAGCUCCCCGACAACAACGAAUACUCUCAACCAGUGCUGCGCGAAUUGCGAGUUUUGAAAUUAUCAUCCAACAAAUUCGGCGGCAGCGUGCCCGGUUGGAUCUGGAAGCUUCCGGAGCUGCAAGUGCUCGACUUGUCGCACAACUCGUUCACGGGAGUGUGCCCGACCAAUCUCUCGGGCUUGGAAGGCUUUAUUCGACUCGAAGCAUCGCCAGACAACGUCAGGGGAGGCAGCAAUUUCAUCGACAACUUCAUCCCCGUACGUGUGGACGGGGGGAAAUUGCUCGAGCAAAUCUCCAUUGAGGCCAAAGGUUCGCGACUCGAACUCGAGUACGUGCUCGAGACUCUGUUCUCCAUCGACUUGUCAUACAACCAUCUCUCCGGCAAGCUCCCGCACGCGCUUGGAGAGCUGCGCGGGUUGACGUACUUGAAUCUGACGCACAAUAAUUUCUCGGGCGAAAUCCCUGAGGAGAUUGGAGAUCUCCUGCGUCUGCAGUCGUUGGAUUUAUCGGCCAACUAUCUCACGGAGAAGAUUCCUGCGAUGCUCAGCAGGCCAAGCUUGAGCUAUCUGAAUCUCUCCUACAACUUCCUCGAGGGCGAGAUCCCCACGGCGAAUGCUUUCUCCACGAGGUACGACAUUUCGUCCUUCAAGCCCGGGAACGAUCAGCUCUGCGGGGCCCCGCUCGAGACCACUUGUGCGGCGCAAGACAGCGACGCAAGCGGAAGCUCGGCCACACUUGGUGCUCCGUCGUUCGAGCUCCUGGAUGAUACAUUCUGGCGGGCCUUCGAGAUCGGAAUUCCGAUCGGAGUCGUUAUUGUGAUCGGGGUCGUGAUCGGAACGCUGAGAACAAUGCCCUGCGCACGACACUGGCUACUGCAUACUCAAGAUUUCGCUCGCCAUUUCAAUGACGGUAGAUACGGAGUGUUCAACGAACCGACAUAGACCAAAUCAUUCAGCAGCUGCCUGCUGCGUAUGCGACUGCUCGCUUUGCACCCAGCUGGACCCCGGGGUCCAGUCGGGGCUUACGAGAUUCCGCAUGAAUGGGGACUCGUUGUCCGCCAUACACAUGUGCUACUGUUGCUGGGCCUGUAGAUAGCACAGCGUUGUCUGCACUGAGUUGUUCCAAUUGGACUGUGUAAAGUAGAGCCAGAUUCCACGACGAUUCAUGAUUGCAGGAUUACUCCCCUUGGAAGCUUUUGUCUCCAGAUUGAAGAAGCUUCAUUGUAAUUACUUGAUGGGACCGCGAGAGACUCAAAUCACUUGAUGGGAUACACCACGUUUCAUUUUACCAGAUAGGACCACACUUGACGGCAAUGCAUGUCACCGUCAACACUAUUCCAAUAAUAAUUCUUAUAACCUGAUACUAUACAUUAUAGUGUGAAGAGUCUAUGUCCUUUGUCGGGCCAAAAUACUAUGUCCCGUGAGAGUAAUUUGGCAGCGAUGAAAUGAUUUUUACAAUGCUCGAAAGAAAAAAGCCUCUUGCAGCCACUUGACGAGCCUUCUGAACCUCUCUCUCUCAACCCCUAGACGACCGGCACCACGCGCAGAAGAGUACAGUAGAGAAUCGGUGGAUCAAAACUGCAAGUCGAGUCAUGCGCAGAAAUGCCUCCAUAUGCACGCGGACAUUCGGAUCGGCAUCGAGAGAAGGUACGGGGACAAGAAUUUAUCGAAACAUCAUCGCAGCAUUCAGUGUGUUCGAUUGCUUUGGUCGAUUCAAAGCCAGCCGAGCGAAGCCUGCAAAAUUUGGCCGUCGACCGUCACGAAAUGCUUCCGUCGGACUUCAUCUCCCAUACACACUGCGAACUAGUAUCAGAAAUACGAGUUCAGGCAAAAGGCAAGAUGAUUCUGAAUUACUUUCUAUAGGGUCUUGCCAUAACUGCAUCCGGAGAGAAAAACGUCUAGAGAUUUGCGAAAUAAUCCCAUAUCGUAUUGGACAUCUCCGACGAUGGCCCUCGUGAGG